AGCGGCUCACGGGGGGGUUUGAACUGGCCAAUGGGCGAGCUGCCAACUGGGAGUCGGAAAAGGAGGCGGAAGAGGGGAGGAGCCGCCGCUGGAGCCGGAUUGCAUCCGCCCCGGCGUCUCCAUGGCACGACCCUGGCCUCCGACUUCAACGACUUCAUAAGAAGGCGUUUCUGGGCGCAGCCGUGUCGCUCCUGGUUUCCAUCGUGUGGGAAGAACGGAGUAACAAGUCUCACGCAGAAAAAAGUCUUGAGAACACCUUGUGGCGCACCCAGUGUAACUGUGACGAAGCGAACCAUGAAGGACCGCUCUUCAACUCCCCCCUUACAUGUUCACGUGGAUGAGAACACCCCUGUCCACGUCCACAUAAAAAAAUUCCCGAAACCAUCAGCGACCAACAGCCAGAAAUCUCAUAAGCGAGGAAUGAAAGGGGACACCGUGAAUGUGCGGCGAAGUGUCCGGGUGAAAACCAAGAAUCCACCUCAUUGCCUGGAAGUCACGCCACCAUCUUCAGAAAAGCUGGUCUCAGUGAUGCGGUUGAGUGACCUCUCUACGGAAGAUGAUGACUCCGGUCACUGCAAAAUGAACCAUUAUGAUAAGAAGAUUGACAGUCUAAUGAAUGCAGUUGGUUGUCUCAAGUCUGAGGUUAAAAUGCAGAAGGGUGAGCGCCAAAUGGCCAAAAGGUUCCUGGAGGAACGAAAAGAGGAGCUGGAGGAAGUGGCCCAGGAACUGGCCGAAACUGAGCAUGAGAACACAGUGCUAAGGCACAACAUUGAGCGCAUUAAGGAGGAGAAGGACUUCACCAUGCUUCAGAAGAAACACCUACAGCAGGAGAAGGAGUGCCUCAUGUCCAAGCUGGUAGAGGCUGAAAUGGAUGGAGCUGCCGCCGCCAAGCAAGUCAUGGCCUUGAAGGAUACCAUCGGGAAGCUGAAAACAGAGAAACAAAUGACCUGCACGGACAUCAACACCCUAACGAGGCAGAAAGAACUUCUCCUGCAGAAGCUGAGCACUUUUGAAGAGACCAACCGCACCCUCCGGGACCUGCUGAGGGAACAGCACUGCAAAGAGGAUUCUGAAAGACUAAUGGAGCAACAAGGAGUAUUACUGAAACGGCUGGCAGAGGCGGACUCAGAGAAAGCGCGCCUGCUGUUGCUGCUGCAAGACAAGGAUAAGGAGGUGGAAGAGCUCCUCCAAGAAAUACAAUGUGAGAAGGCUCAAGCAAAGACAGCAUCUGAGCUUUCUAAAUCCAUGGAGUCCAUGCGUGGGCAUUUGCAAGCACAGCUUCGAUGCAAAGAGGCCGAGAACAGUCGCCUGUGCAUGCAGAUUAAGAACCUGGAGCGCAGUGGGAAUCAGCACAAGGCGGAAGUGGAGGCCAUCAUGGAGCAGUUGAAGGAAUUGAAGCAAAAAGGAGACCGAGACAAGGAGGGUUUGAAGAAGGCCAUCCGAGCCCAGAAGGAGCGAGCCGAGAAGAGCGAGGAGUACGCCGAGCAGCUGCACGUGCAACUUGCCGACAAGGAUCUUUAUGUCGCUGAAGCUUUAUCCACUCUGGAAUCAUGGAGGAGCCGCUACAACCAAGUUGUAAAAGACAAGGGAGACCUUGAGCUGGAAAUUAUCGUCCUGAAUGACCGAGUGACAGAUCUUGUUAACCAACAACAAACCUUAGAGGAGAAAAUGCGGGAAGACCGGGACAGCCUGGUGGAGAGACUACACCGUCAGACUGCUGAGUAUUCUGCCUUCAAGCUGGAGAAUGAGAGGCUGAAGGCGAGCUUUGCCCCGAUGGAAGACAAGCUCAACCAAGCACAUCAAGAGGUCCAGCAGCUGAAGGCAUCGGUGAAGAACUAUGAAGGAAUGAUUGACAACUAUAAGAGUCAGGUGAUGAAGACCAGAUUGGAGGCUGAUGAAGUGGCUGCCCAGCUAGAACGCUGCGACAAAGAGAACAAGAUCCUUAAAGAUGAGAUGAACAAAGAAAUUGAGGCGGCACGUCGGCAGUUCCAGUCCCAGCUGGCUGACCUGCAGCAACUGCCUGACAUCCUCAAGAUCACAGAGGCAAAGCUGGCGGAGUGCCAAGACCAGCUGCAGGGCUACGAGAGGAAGAACAUCGAUCUCACAGCCAUCAUAUCAGACCUGCGCAGCCGGAUCGAACAUCAGGGGGACAAGCUGGAGAUGGCGAGAGAGAAACAUCAGGCUUCCCAGAAGGAAAAUAAACAGCUGAGUCUGAAGGUGGAUGAACUGGAGAGGAAACUGGAGGCGACCAGUGCCCAGAAUAUCGAGUUCCUACAGGUGAUUGCCAAGAGAGAGGAGGCAAUCCACCAGUCGCAGCUGCGGCUGGAGGAGAAAACACGGGAAUGCGGGAGCCUGGCAAGGCAGUUGGAGGGCGCCAUUGAAGACGCCAGGAGGCAGGUGGAACAAACGAAGGAGCAUGCACUCUCCAAGGAGCGAGCAGCCCAGAACAAAAUCCUGGACCUUGAGACCCAGCUGAGCAGAACCAAAACUGAACUCAGCCAGCUGCGGCGGAGCCGUGAUGACGUGGACCGCCGCUACCAGAGCCGGCUACAAGACCUGAAAGAUCGCCUGGAGCAGUCGGAGAGCACCAACCGCAGCAUGCAGAACUAUGUCCAGUUCCUCAAGUCGUCAUAUGCCAAUGUGUUUGGGGACAGUCCCUAUGCCACCUAUCUGACCAGCUCCCCCAUCCGUUCCCGAUCUCCUCCUUCCUGAGGUCACCCGUCUAGGGCCUGGAGCCCUGACUGAUGCGGUGGGAACUAAGCAGUUGCCAAGCCAUAGCUGGAAAGCCUGUGCGUUUUCCCCUCUCUCUCCCAGUGAGGAAGUGUGUUCAGGAUCUUGUCCUUAGUUACUAGCUCCAGAAAAGUCCUGUAAAGCAGCAGGGAUGAAGCAGGAAGCACUUGGGUAUCUCCUUCCUGAUAGAGUUGCCUAAUUGAAGAUUUCUUAAUUACCUAGACAGCCCUUAAAUUAACUACUACAUUCAGGUACCAGAUUUUAACUUACCAUGACUUUGCUCCUUCCUUUCCCAAGAGAAUAUUUGGACUGGACUUUUCCCACCAGUCCCCUUACAGCCCUCAUCUUUUUAGGGAUCUCUGUCUUGGAUUUUCUGACCUGAACCAGCAGGAGCUCCUUCCGGGCUGUAAGCAUGUUCACUUGCUUUUUUUUCUGAUUUCAUGGGUGUGGUGUUUCCCUAACUCAGUGCAAACUUCUCAUGCCUGAGUCUUCUUGAGGCCACUGGCCCCCAAGCAUUUCACAAUGGACCCUUGAGGGCUUGUGUCCAUUUGGCCUUUACAAGUGUAAUCCCAAUCUCAUUGAUUUUUGUUUCUCUUUGCCUGA